AUGCGAUUCUUGAUUAUGCGAGCUGCGUGUUGCUGCUGCUGCCGGAUGCGGUCUUGCGUUGUCUGGGUUGUUGCGUCUGACGUGACGACGUGCGUUUGCUGGUGGAUGGGAGGAAGAGUGCAGCUAUUCCCCCUUUUUUGCCUGUUUAGGAUAGGUAUUGGGAUUCAUAGGGCGGUAGGGGUUGGGACUUUGGGUACAGGUCGUGAUUUCAAUAAUUGGCGGGAUGACGUGCUUACGACAUGGGUAGGAGAAAACAAAAAGAAUAGAAAGAAACGGAACAACUGGUAA